AUGCAAUGCUUAGCUCCGCCCUUGCGCAUCGAUCCACGGUCGCGAGCAGCGUCGAUCCAAUGUGGGCUUCGCGCCGAUGGACGGCGCGCUGACGACGGGUUUGGCAACAUGCGCGACCAGCAACGUGGAGGUGAGGGUAACCAGCAAUGGGAAUCAGUGUUUCGCGUAGACAAGCCAUAUUAUGACGGACCGCCGAUAUUCGAUGACGAGCCAUUUUACGACGGACCGUUGGUAUUAGAUGAGGAGCCUCCGGGGCCGGAGGAUCUCAUCAUGGAGUCAACACCAACAAAGACUGCGCCCAACCUUUUUGGGGAGAGUGUGCAUGCCAGGGGCGUAGGUCCUGUUCUAAUACCAGUUGGGGAUUUUUCACUUCACAAGGUGGAAGAUACAAUUAUUUGUAUGCUACAUCCUAAGGUUAAGCAAAGUACAAUUGAAUUGGCAAAAUCAAUGGAAGAUGACGAUGACAUUCUCUCUUUCAUUUCCUACACUCAAUUCGUUAUACUUUUCGAAUUUGGAUCUGUAGUUUUGAGUUUUGGCUGA